CUACAAGCAACAUCACUGCUCCUGGAAUACAAGGUUGUCUGGUCACUAUGAACAAUGGCCCAGCUAUACUACAAAAAGGUAAACUAUUCACCGUACAGAGAUCGGAUCCCACUGCAGAUUGUGCGAGCAGAGGCAGAGCUCUCAGUGGAAGAGAAGGCCUACCUCAGUGCUGUGGAGAAGGGGGACUAUGCCAGUGUGAAACAUGCCUUACAAGAGGCGGAGAUCUACUACAACAUCAACAUUAACUGUAUGGAUCCUCUUGGUCGCAGUGCCCUUCUAAUAGCCAUAGAGAAUGAAAAUCUGGAGAUCAUGGAGUUACUUCUGAGCCACUGCGUGUAUGUGGGAGAUGCUCUGCUGUAUGCAAUACGGAAAGAGGUGGUGGGAGCUGUGGAGCUGCUGCUGAAUUACAGGAAGCCAAGUGGUGAAAAACAGGUUCCAACCUUGAUGAUGGACACACAGUUUUCAGAAUUCACUCCAGAUAUCACACCAAUAAUGCUGGCGGCUCACACCAACAACUAUGAAAUCAUCAAACUGCUUGUCCAAAGACGGGUAACUAUUCCACGCCCACAUCAGAUCAGAUGCAAUUGUGUGGAGUGUGUCUCCAGUUCGGAGGUGGACAGCCUGAGGCAUUCCAGGUCAAGGCUGAACAUCUACAAAGCCUUAGCCAGCCCCUCAUUGAUUGCCUUAUCAAGUGAGGACCCCAUCUUGACAGCGUUUCGACUGGGCUGGGAGCUGAAAGAGCUCAGCAAAGUGGAAAAUGAGUUCAAGGCUGAAUAUGAAGAGCUUUCUCAGCAAUGCAAGCGAUUUGCUAAGGACCUUUUGGAUCAAGCACGGAGUUCCCGAGAAUUAGAGAUUAUUCUCAAUCACAGAGAUGAUCAAAGUGAAGAGCUGGACCCCCAAAAAUGUCAUGAUUUGGCAAAACUAAAGGUAGCAAUAAAGUACCACCAGAAAGAGUUUGUUGCUCAGCCAAACUGCCAGCAGCUACUAGCAACACUUUGGUAUGAUGGUUUUCCAGGCUGGAGGCGGAAACACUGGGCCGUAAAACUCUUGACCUGUGUCACCAUCGGACUGCUAUUCCCUGUGCUAUCUGUGGCAUAUCUGAUUGCACCGAAGAGCAGGCUGGGACUGUUCAUUAAAAAGCCAUUUAUAAAGUUUAUCUGCCACACCGGCUCAUACCUAACCUUCCUCUUCAUGCUCCUGCUGGCAUCGCAGCAUAUCGUCAGGACUGACCUUCACAUGCAGGGACCGCCUCCCACCAUCGUGGAGUGGAUGAUCCUGCCCUGGGUUCUAGGUUUUAUCUGGGGAGAAAUCAAGGAAAUGUGGGACGGUGGAUUCAAUGAAUACGUACAUGACUGGUGGAAUCUGAUGGAUUUUGCAAUGAACUCCCUCUAUCUUGCAACUAUCUCCCUUAAAAUUGUUGCCUAUGUCAAGUACAACGGUUCACGUCCAAGGGAGGAAUGGGAAAUGUGGCACCCGACUCUCAUUGCAGAAGCCCUCUUUGCAAUAUCCAACAUUUUAAGUUCUUUGCGUCUCAUAUCCCUGUUUACAGCAAAUUCACACCUGGGACCCCUGCAGAUUUCUCUGGGACGCAUGCUGCUAGACAUCCUUAAAUUCCUUUUUAUCUACUGUCUGGUGCUUCUGGCUUUUGCCAAUGGACUGAACCAGCUUUAUUUUUAUUAUGAGACCAGUGCCUCGGAGGAACCCAACAACUGCAAGGGGAUCCGAUGUGAGAAACAGAACAAUGCCUUCUCCACACUUUUCGAGACCCUCCAGUCUCUCUUCUGGUCUGUGUUUGGACUGCUGAAUCUCUACGUCACCAAUGUGAAAGCCAGACAUGAGUUCACAGAGUUUGUUGGGGCCACUAUGUUUGGUACCUACAACGUCAUCUCUCUUGUCGUGCUGCUGAACAUGCUCAUAGCCAUGAUGAACAACUCCUAUCAGCUCAUUGCUGACCAUGCAGACAUAGAGUGGAAGUUUGCACGGACAAAGCUCUGGAUGAGUUACUUUGACGAAGGGGCCACCCUGCCUCCUCCCUUUAACAUCAUCCCAAGUCCCAAGUCUUUCUGGUACCUCUGCAAGUGGAUUCACAAUCAGCUGUGCCCAGGCAAUGAUUCUGACAAUGAGCAGAAGAGACAUGAAAACCUCAAAACAUUCACAGAGCGCCAUGCCGAUAACCUCAUCCAGAAUCAACAUUACCAGGAAGUGAUUAGAAAUCUUGUAAAAAGAUAUGUUGCAGCAAUGAUAAGAACUUCCAAAACCAACGAAGGCUUAACUGAAGAAAAUUUCAAGGAAUUAAAACAGGACAUCUCAAGUUUUCGCUAUGAAGUCCUUGACCUGCUGGGAAACAGGAAGCCACAGAGAAGAAGUUAUUCUACCAGUAGCACAGAGGUGUCUCAAAAGGAUGAAACAAAUGAGGAUAGUGCUGGAGAAAAACCCAAAGUCAAAAGCGUGUCUUUCAAUGUAGCCAACAAAAAAAAGGAUUUCAAUGUAUCUGCGCUAAUUAAAACAAUGUCUGGGAUUGAUAUGGUGGAAGAGAAGCCAAAAAGCAACGGGAUCAGUAAGCGCUCCUUCAUCCGAAAUGGAAAUAGAGUUCAGAGGCUUUCCAGUUCCAAGAAAGAGUCCUUUAAGAGACUGGGGCUGCUGUUCUCCAAGAUGAAUGGACAUGUACCUGAAGCAAAUUCAGAGCCCAUGUACACUAUUUCAGAUGGAAUUAUUCAGCCACACUACAUGUGGAAAGACAUCAAAUAUUCUCAGAUUGAUAAAGAGAGAGAAGAGAAUUGUUCCAAAAGUGAAAUUAACCUCAAUGAGGUAGACUACAGUAGGAACACAAGACUUACAGGACAGAGCAAGGAGUGCCCUGUGGUUUGUACCAGCUCCCUUCACUGUGCUUCCAGUAUUUGUUCCUCUAAUUCCAAACUUUUAGACUCAUCAGAGGAUGUGUUUGAUUCAUGGGGAGAGGCUUGUGACUUGUUUAUAAACCAGUGGAAAGAGGGGCAAGAGGACCAUGUUACAACGCGACUAUAAGUAAGGCUAUCUUAACGCCUGUUGGAAAAUUUGGUUGUUAUUAUUUGUAAUUGUUUGCUCUCACCUGGUUCAGCAUUAUGAAUUCUUUUCUGCCCCCAGGAUGAAACAAAUGUGAAACUCUGUUAGCCUAUUUUAUAGCUGUCUGCGCCUUCUAUUAUUUUAUUUUUGUUUUAUCUUCACAAAACCUGAAUGGAAGGCUUCACCAUUUACAAAAUCACUGUAAACCACAGUACUCAUUCAGCUGCAGCCAGUCUUUGAAUCCCACAUAAUUCAGAUACACCAGUGGCAGAGUAGAGGAUUCCUCCAGUGCUCUCCUCAUCACCCCAGCACGGCUGGGUUAUCACUCUGCCUCCUGCUUGAAGUCCUCAUCAGCACAUCCAGCUGGUGAGCAGUGGCUUAGCACGAGGCUGGGAGUCAUGUAAAACCUUUUUAGGAAGGGUAGAACUGGCUUCUUGUUUUCUUUAAGCAAUACAACCUCUGAUUCUUGCAGUAGUAUAGUUUUCAGGUCAUUAUAUUCAUAUUGUAAAUUGUUACCAAGAGACACCUAUGGUCAUGCAACUGGAACACGUUAUGAUUUGCCCUGGUAGGGAGCAGAAUGGCCUCCCAGUGAGGCAGGCAGGGGAAGCCAGUAGCCAGCCUUGCUCCCAACUUCUGCAUUGAUGAACCACCCAAAACCAGCUGUGGCUGCCUGAGACAGAAACCUCAGUGUGGUUCUUAUAUCACUAAUGGUAAACCAAAACCCAGCCCCGAACCUCACCCUUACACCAAGCUGCAUCUGUUUCUGAAAUUCUUGCUCUUAUUUCCACUGCUUCAUUUGCUUUUUGCUGCCUUCCCAGCCAAUGUCACGUUUCAGGCAGAAGCCACCCACCUGUGAUGUCUCUGGGUCUGUGAGCUGCAUUCCUGAAAAGAAACUGAAGUUAGAGCAGCCCAGACUGGAUCUGGCAC